AAAUAUCUGGAAAUAUCGAUACUUGUUACAACAUCAACCCAUCGUAUCCCUUCAUUGAUUUUAUCAUUUGUGUACGGAUUAGAAGCGUGCAAGGCUCAAAAUUCGGAGCUCAAUUGAACUGUCAGUUUAAGGUGAAAACCUGCUGCAAAAGUUAUCAUGAUAUUUGGCCAUCAGUGUAUUUAAACAUUAUAGCCAAACAUGGGAACGAUACCGAAAGGCUAUAAAUACAUCCAGACGGUCCCUUUUUUCUUGAAGAUAGCAGAAUUUGUUGUACUGUUGGUUGCGAUUGGCACGCUGGGAAGAUUUUUGAACGAAAUAGACCCUGAUUCAAAAAGAAGUCGAUUAGAUUUUGGAAUGUUUGCCGUUGUCGUGUCAUGGAUUGUUGUCGUUAUAAUGGCCGUUCUCUUUGUUAGUGGACUACAUGAAAAAAUUAUCAUCGUUAACUUGCCUUUGACGGUAUUUAUCAACUUGGUGAUAUGGGCUCUGAUGCUGUUCAUAGCUGGUUGUUUCAUAGCUGAUACUGUUCGCCAGUAUGAAGAUAAGAAUAUCUGUUAUUGGCUGAAAUUUGCCAAAUAUGACGCAAGAUGCGGGCAUCUCAUUGAUGCUACGGUUUGCUGUUUCAUUGCAAGCAUUCUUUUUGCAGUUGAUGCUUUCUUCAACUUCCGGAUACUUAGAGGUCAAAGUCACAAAUCUUCGGCUAAGGCCUCUACACCUGCAACGACUUCCACAUAGGGUGAUCAAACGGUACUUUUCACCAGCGGUUUACUUGAAUGUUUUAACGGUUCUUUUUGACAGCGGAUUCAACUUUUGCCAUAUUUUCAUGACAAAUAAAGCUUCGUUUAUUAUCAUAGAUACACACUGAUUAUAUAUAAAGUGUCAUUUUCACUUUCAUUUGUUUUACUUUUAUGUAACAGUAGUUUUAGCAUGCUUUUUUUACUCAAAUAAAACGUGAACAAUA